AUGUCCACUUUUAACCGCUCUAUGUCACUAGUAGAGCGGAAGAAACUACAGUGGGCCAAAGAAAGAGAAGAACUAGCCUCGUUAUGUGGUCCUUGGGGUCCGCCAGACCAAGAUAAUCAAAAACCGUUUGGAAGAACCAGAUAUGAACCAAAAAUUUCAAUGGUCAAUAACGCCAGUCUAAAACGGGAAUAUAAAGAAAACACGAGAAGGGGCAGUUUGCCGCCGCUUUACAAAAAUCAGUACAAUUCGUACGAUAGAUACGAAAGAGAAAAAGAACUUGGUGGUGAGACUUCCGGUUAUGGGAGCGACAAUCCCAAUCAAACUCCAGACUGUGUUCCGUCAAACUGGCACCAAUCCGGUUAUGAAUCUUCUUCCAGCAGAGACGACCGGCCCAAAUGGGGAGACAAAGGCGUUGGAGUGGGGAAAUUCUGGCAGCCCAAAGAGGAGCACUUUGAAAAGAACCACAACGAACCACCCAACUGGGUCAAAAGAGGGCUGGAGGACGGUGAAAUUGUCGUCUCCAACACAUCGCCAGCGGAAUCACCAGAACAGCGGUAUGAAGAACACGAAAGGCCAUGCACAGGAUCUACUCUUUCCCAUCAUCGGUAAGAUACAAUAUACGAUUUAAGAAAAAUGUAUUUGUAGUAUGAUAAAGUAAUAUCUUAUUUCAGGAAUACAUAUAUCAGAGGCCAAAAUAUUCCAAUAGACUCGGUUGAACUGGCAGACAGAGAGAGAAGAAGACAAGUCGCCAUGGCUCAUCAAGAAGCAAUACGUCAGCAGUUGGAAGAAAGAGAAAGAAAACGUCGGGAGGAACGCGAGAAGAGAAUAAAAGAAGAACGUGAGGAGGAACUGAGGAUCGAGAGGGACCAGGAGAUAGAACGGCAAAGGAAAGAAAACGAACUUCGGCUAAUCAGAGAAAAACAAGAAAGGGAAAGAAAGAGGAAGGAAGCUAUCCAAGAAGCGAUAGCAUUGGCUCAGAAAACCGCCGAGGAGGAAAGAUCUAAAAAAUUGAAUAAGCAAAUUUGCAAAAAUAGAAACAUUAUGGAAAACAUUACAGACAAAGAUAAAAUGUCAACAGUCGAGGAAACUGCUCCCAACAGAAAUAUCGAUGUAAAUGACAAUCUCAAAGAAGAUGAAAAGAAAAACAAUAACUGUGAUCAGCUAAACAACACUCGAAAUAUUACUCCCAAAAAUGAGAUAUUGAGCAAUGAAAUUAACAAUAAUUUAGAAAUUAGAGGAAAAACUUUGGAGCCAUCCAACAACAGUAACAGUAAUAUUUUGUAUAAUACCAUUCCAUCCGCCCAGCUGUACACCCCAAGAGCUGAAAACUUAGCAUUAGUUAUUCCCGCACCAUUAGAUGCUUUACAGAAUGUGCAGUAUGCACUAUUAGUACCUGCUACCCCGCAAACAUUACCCAUAACAGUGCCUAUAACUACUGUACCUCAAAUAGAUCGAGGUUGUAACACCUCAAGAACAGAAAACAGGAUCCUAACUCCAACACAGUACAGAAACAGGAACAGAAGAGUGUGCGACAGUGCUACACAAACGGAAGAUUUCGACUUCGGUAGAUUUGAGGCUGUCGAUAAUAAAGAAAAAUACAUAAGAGAAAAACUCACCAACAUCGAGUUGAUGUAUGACAAUAGAAGAAAAGGCAGAAGAAGCAGGAGCGAAAGUUUGGAGGAAAGACCGAAGUGGGGUGCUAACAGACCUCCUACUAGAUAUUUAAAACAAAGCGAGAAAGAUCCUUUGUACCAAAGACGAAAACUACGGCAAAAGAUGAGAGGCAGUAAAAUAUAUGACGAUAAAAAUUCUAGCGACGAAAGUCAAACAGCUACCACACCAAGACCGUACAGGAAGAAAAGUUACAUGGGGGAAAGAAAUUCAAGGCCACUUUGGAGAAAGAAAGAUCAGUUAUUUACAAGAAAUAUCCGCAUGUACCAAACGGAAAUCGUUCCACUUGAAUCCGACAAAGACCAGAUUUAUUAUAAGAGACACGAGUGUUGCUGUGUAUGCAGAUGUGACAGGCGUAACAGUUCAGGAGAUAAUAUCAAAGUAGACAUACUGAGAAUCGAACAAAUAUCUCCUAGGGAAAAUUUACAGUAUAAGCCAGAACUCUUAGAGAGUUCCGAAAGGCUACCUAAUUGUAAUGCAGACGGCAGCAACGACGAUAUCUUGGAUAAACUGUCUUCUUUGCACACUGGUUUGUUACAAAAGCAAGAACAGUGGGAAAACUGCCCGGUUACUCCAAAUUUGUCACCACCUAAUAAGAAUUAAAUCACACUUAUAUA